AUGGCAUCUUCCAACAGCACCAACAGCAAUCGUUGUGGAUGUUGUUGUUGUUGUUGCAAGCACCUCCGCGAUUCAAGUGGAGAGCGUGUCCAACCUGAUGGUCCGAUCGGCACUGGCCCUGUGCACAAUCCUCAGAACGAUGUGCAGUCGUCUGUGGCCGAGCUCGCGACUGUGAGCGAUCAUCAGGAUCUGGACCAUGACAUGCCCAAAGCUACAAGUGUAUCUAAGGCUCAUGUUGUGGCCGAGCUCGCAGCUACGAGGCAGGAAGAUAUCGAUCAUCCGAUGCCAGAUGCUACCGUGAGCGAACAAGAUGACGUUGACUCAGACGGCGAUGUCAAGAUGGCCGAAGCCGAGGAGGUUGACAGCGACGGCGAUGUUAAGAUGAAGGACUCCAAGUAG